AUGAGAGGCGUGCGAAUCGGUGGCGAACUAGUCGACUUACGCCAUACAACUCACGGUUAUCGGCCUAGUGAUCCGAAUCUCGUCCGUUCUGGUUGUGAUAUGGGAUGCAAUGAGUUGGAUUGCAGGAACGGUGGUCAUUGUUCGGUGUCAUGGCGUGGUGUCGGCGCCAAGGUAGCGUGCGACUGUUCACGUACAAGUUAUGCUGGUCCACACUGUACAGUCGAUGAAGGCCUUACGCUCGCCUCAGAUGCGCACUUCACGUUCGACGUGGGCCGCUUUUUGUCGCGUUACAUUCUGACUCCGCAGAAGCUCACACAAAAGUUGCAAUUCGCUUUCGCACCAGCGUCUCCGUCCACGACUCACCAGACCCUUGCCACCGUACUUUUCAACGAUGAGAGACUAUUCGAAGUGGUCCUGAACAAGAACGGAUCAAUCAACGUCGGUAUCGUGGAUGACAACAAAAGAACUGUGGUCCGCACGUUUGCUGGCAAUUUCUCCGAACGGUUAUCGACAUUUCUUUGUCGCUCGUUUUGGAGAACACCAGGCCACAACUGUAACUGUUAG